AUGAGGUUAUUUAGACGUUCAAAGGCUCCCGAAGCUGCACAGCAAGGCGGCCAACCCGCAGAUAAACGAGGUGACAAGGUUCUGGAAAAGGGACACAUGGAAGCUCACCCCAAAAAGGUCACCACUUCAGCAUUCUCCAAGGGCAAACGCGGCUCCCAGGACCUAAUUGACGCAUCCCAGGAUGAAAACUCUGGAAAACAAACGAGACCGUGGAACCUCGUAGUCUCCAACAAGCCCUGGAAUCCAAAGAAUGGUGAUGGUGGAACGAAACCUGCCGACGGGGGAAUGAAUGCCAACUAUGGAGGAGCAAAGCGAACAGAUGAAACGGGGCAAAGGACAGACACCAUCAAGCAUAAAAGGGUGCCCGAGUCUGAUGAACCUCUGGACAAGAAAACAGAGUUUAGAAAGCACAUGACAGAGUCGACUGCGACGGGGCAUACUGGGCCUUCCAUCACGCACUCUGGCGAGGAGUGGGACGUGACCCUCUCAAUAGAGCAGGGGGAGAGGUACCAGCAACCUGGAGAUGCUGUUCCAAGGGAAAAAACGUCCUUUUCUGCACGCAGAAAUGAGAGUGGGAGGCAAGACAAGGUGCAGGCGCUUAGAAACGCCGAAUCGGCGCGAAAGUAUGAGCCUGCAUCGGAUUACAUCAAAGGUGAAGAGGAUGUUUCCAAAAAGGGUACCACGUAUCAACGAGGUAAAUUCAAAAGACCAGAGUUUAGGCAAAGGUAUGAGUCACCAAAGGAUGUCAAGAAGAAUGUUGAGUCUUCAAAAACCGUCAACCGCGCUCAAGCUUCCAGCCGUAACGAUGCGGAGAUUGCUCGCUCCUCAGAAUCUGAUGAUGCUGAGGGAAAAGAGGUAAAAACUGGUGAACCUGAAAAGGAGGAAGAUUUCCCGAGAACAAAAGAUUUUGUCUACAAGCCAGCGAUUGUAGUGGAGCAGGAGGUUGAAAAAAAGGAUAAAAACAUGGAUUUGGUGCACCAGGAUGCUCUGGGUGACUCUGGCGCCGUGCAGGACUACAAGGGCAGGAUCACAAAGGGGAAGCCAUUUUAUCCCCCAAAAGCUGUUCUGUCUCCUUCUGAAAAGGCUACUGCCCAUUCUGAAGAACAUACCGGUUCCCAGGCGCAGCAAGCCGCGACCCACUCCACAUCAAACGUCUACGUGCAUCACGACGAAUACAAGCCCUCUGAGCACGGCCCUCGCAGGAAAAGGGAAGCUGCUCAGGUUGGUGAGCCUGAUUAUAGAUUUGUAAACCAGUACCACAUUCCAAAACACGCCGAAUAUACAUAUCCAGUGGAACAGGAAUAUCCACAGUAUGGGACAUUACCGCCCAUUGACACUAGUUUUGGCGUGCAAUAUGUUAGAAGCUUACCUGGGCCCUUCAUCCCUCCUGAACGUGCCUCCAAAGAUGUCAUGAAUGCGGACACUGUAGAUGGACAAGCGGUUGCUCGUCCGAAAAUAAAGCCGCGAAAGAGCGCGGCGCUUCAAAUUUUAAAUCCAGAAACUGGAGAAGUUGUCAAUAGCGAAACUCGCAAGGAGCAAAGAAAGACUCCGAAACCACCAGAGAGUGCUCAGGGGCCCGUAUGGCAGUAUAAUCCCUAUGUAAACCCAUACGCACGCCACGUUCAGGUGCCACAAUAUCCACCUCAGGAACUCUUUGGUUACUAUUAUUUACCACAUGAAAUCCCCGAUGUUGGCGGAUUCACGUUUUUGGAUAAAGAUGCAAGUAUUGCAGAACCAAUCGACGGUGUGCAUAUGCCGAUACAAUUCCCGCUGCAGAGGAGAUCUUCCAUUGAAUCUAAAGGGUCAAUAGGCCACAAGGGCCAGGCCACCUCCUCAAACUCGGGGUCGGUGGACAUUGAUGGAGCCGCUUCAGACAUGUCUCUAGAGGGAAGCGACGCCUCCAAAACACUCUUUAUAUCGCCUUCAAAUAUGAUGAAAUAUGCGCAAGUCAUGCAGAACCAACACACCGCCAUGGCUGGACAGUAUGCGAUUUAUAAAAGUCUGCACGUGCGCAUUAAAAAUAAACCGAUCGCACCCUCGGAAUCUCUCUUUACGCUCUCGGAACAACACCCCCUCACCUCUCGCAGCACCGCAAGAAGACGGGCCAAGGUCGUAAACGAGGCUCUGCCGUCUACGCCCACUGUAGAGCAUGAUGACCAGGGCUCUGAGGUUCCGGUAGAUACUGCGGCACAGUCAGAGGAGAGUUUGGGGGAGGCGCAAGCGCCUGUUGCGGAUACUGAGACUCCUGAGCUUCCCACUGAAGAUGUUCAACCUGAGGAGGGACCAGAAGAAGAAUCUGAAGAUGAGGAUGACGAGAAGGAAAACGAGUCAAUAGACAUUCUGCUAAGGUAUGCGUUUAGCAUGGAGAUUUGUGCGCCUGAAGAGUUGGGAUUUUUCAAGCUGGUUCCGUUAAAUUACCAGGCAGAGUCUCCGCGUGAGCCAAAGAGUGCGAAAAGUAAAAAGAAAAAGAGUGAAAAGUGGCGUUCAGAUCCUCCGCCUGGUGAGCAGAAAAAGGCCAAGAUGAGCAAGGAGGAGCAGUUUACGAGAACUGUAAGGACAUUGUUGAAUAAGCUGACUGUGGAAAAGUUUUUGACGGUUGGCGAAAAGGUUGCGCUUGUGUAUCAGGAGUUGGAUUCUUCCGCUCUUGUGGAUAUUUUGGUGCGACUAUUGCACGAAAAGGCCACAACUGAGAUUGAUUACAGCGACAUGUACGCUGAUUUGGCGCUUUUGCUCAAAUACAAGUUUAAUGAUGCUCUGGAUAUUGGAUUCAGAACCACGUGUUUCCAGAGAACUUUGCUCAAUCGCUGCCAGGACGCCUUUGAAGAAAUUGCUAGAACCUGCAAGUCUCCAAGUGAAUCCGCUGCUGCUGGCACAGAGGAGGAUCCAUCUCUACCAAGCAAGAAUUGGGUGCUUGGAAAUAUCAGGUUUAUGGGAGAGUUGUUUUUGCGCAAAAUCCUCUCCAUUGCAAUUUUAAAACGCAUAUUUAGUACGUUACUCUGCAAAGAUCAGGUACCCUCUGAGCAUUUGAUGGAGUGCUUUACUGAGCUCUUGACCACAAUUGGGUUUACCAUGGAGAAAAUUCCAGGAGGAUCUGAAAUGCUUGAUGAGUACAUGAAGGUUCUCCUGGGCUUGCGCACUUCGGGGGUCUAUUCUACGCGCAUAAGCUUCAAGAUUCAGGACCUGAUGGACCUCAGGACCAAAAACUGGAAGAAGAAGCUCUUUAGAGAAAAGGCAACCACUGUGGAUGAGAUUCACACGCAGGCAAAGGUUGAGGAACUCAAGGGAGGUUCCAUUCAUGCAGAGCAAGAGGGAAGAUUCACCACCGCCGGACUCCGUGCAGAUCGUCACUAUUCUGCCCACCUCCAGACCCUCCGAGAGCAGGCCCAAAGCCUCUUGGUCGAUGGCGUCUACAAGGGGCCAACUGGUGGUCAGUCUGUGGCUCCGGCUUCCUCAGCAGUUCCACCAACAGCACCGCCAGCAGUAGGACCACCAUCCGGACAAACGGUGGACCUCUGGGAGGACGUGCUUGAAAUAUUCACCAAGAGACCAAGCAGGGAGGUCUUUGUUCAAGAGUGGAAAAAGAUUGGCGUGCAGGAAAACGACAAGCCGAGAAUAUUCAGGCUCAUGUGUCAAAAGGCGACAUAUGCGAGCACGUUGGAGGUCUCGUGCGCCCUGGCGGAGCUUGCGGCACUUGUAAUUACCACACUCACAGAGUCACAAGCUACUCUGCACAAACUUGUCGAUACGCUCUCCAUCCAGUUUUUGGAACGCCUGCAAGAUGAAAUGUUGGACAAUCCCAGGGCACUGGUCAUCUUUUCUCGUAUUUUAAUUGCACUCUUUUGCGAGUGCUCCAAUCGUAGGGAACUGCUCGAAAUGCUCAUUUUCCCACAAGACGAACAACUCGCCCAAGAACUAGCCGAAGAAGUCAUCAAGGGAGUCAAGGAACGAAAUGGCGAUGUCGCCUUUGCAACCAAGGUUAUCGACAAGGUCAAGGUACAAGUCUAG